AUGGCGUCGCACGGAGAAGAAGAUACAAGCACCUCUAAAUCUUUCGUUUCACAGGAUCAAGGAGAGAAAAAAGCUGCAGUGUCGUUUGGUUUUACUAAAACCGUCAGUAAAUUUAAACCUUCGGCUGUUGACGCUGAGAUUAAGAAAGACUACAAAGAUUACUUAACGGGAAUCGACAGGAAUGAAUUGCAGAGUACAAAACCAUGUGAGAAGCCUAAAGAGUACAUCAUCCCUCUGAUCCAGAAGAACCGCUGGCACAAACCGGACCGAGCCGACCAGAGUGAGGGGAAAGGCGUCAAGACACACGACUCAGCCCCGGAGAGCGAGUCCGUGGACUCUCAGGCUGUCAAAGAGCUCAUUGAAGAUUCACGGAGGCAGCUUGAUGAGUGGCAGAAUGGCACGCAGCCAGAAAAAAACCUGAACCUCAGCAUCCCCUUGUUGAUGCAAAACAAAGUGCCCGAUGGAUUUGAGGAUGGAGACCACAUAAAAGUGGACUUGCGGCCAGAGUCUGCGACGGAGGCAGAUUAUGAGAGCAUUCCUGUUGAAGCGUAUGGAAUCGCCAUGCUAAAGGGGAUGGGCUGGAAUAAAGAAGAAGGUAUUGGACGCACCUUUAAACAAGAUGUAAAGCCAAUCGAACAUCAGCUCCGUCCAAAAGGUUUGGGCCUCGGAGCAGAUCGUUCAGCGAUAAAGGACCUGGAGCCAGGCAAGAAGCGACGUCCGCCCAAACCAGGCGACGAGCAAGAGAAGGAGGAGGAGCUAGUGAUGGGCCCCGGAGGCUGUGUGCUGGUGGAGUCAGGCGCACAUAAAGAACUCUAUGGCAAGAUUGAAGGAGUCGAUCCAGACAACGCUCGAGUUAUGGUAAAGCUGGCUGUUGGUGGCAAGACGGUUACAAUCAGCCAGUAUGGUAUCAAACUGGUCGGGCGCAAAGAAUACGAGAAAUACAGUAAAGACCUCAGUCGCUUCAGUAAAGCAAGCAAGGAGAAGGAGAAGGAGAAAGAGAAAGAUCGAGACAAGGAGCGACAGAGGCGGGAUGAGAAAGAGAGGAGUCACAGUGACAAACACAAGUCUUCAGAAAGAGAAAGAGAAGGAGGAAGAGAUGAGAGGAAGAGAAAACACAAAGAAUCAAGUCAUGACAGAGAGAGACCUCCAGAGAAGGAGGCGAGGCGACCACCGGCUCCCCCCUCCUGGCUCCAGAGAGACUUGAAAGUUCGCUUUAUAGACAAAGCUUUCAAAGGGGGCAGGUACUACAAUUCAAAGAUGCGCGUGGAGGACGUCCUGACGCCGGCCAUCUGUGUGUGUCGAACUGAAGAGGGACGACUGUUAGACGACGUGAAGCAGGACAUGCUGGAAACGAUCAUCCCAAAAAGUGAUAAUGACUUAGUAAUGGUUGUCCUGGGCGAACACAGAGGACAGAUUGGCCGUAUUCUCCAGCGGGACAAGAACAAGUGCAAAGCGAUGGUGCAGCUCGAAAGAUACGAGGAGAAAAUCUUCACAUUGGACUAUGAUUUGAUUUGUCAUUAUGUUGGAGCGUCUGAUCACUGAUGUUUACCCCAAUAUUUUCUGUCCUUUUUAUCCCAUCUGACCCUAAAUGGGUUUUUUUUUUUUUUUUGUAUUAUCCAAAAAUAAUGGCUUUUAAAUAACUGAAAUGUUUUUAAUAAAAUCUU